AUGGAGAUGGGCACUUUUAGUCUCACUAGCACUUUGGAUGAUGCAAGUGGUUCUCCCUCACAGACAGAUAAGAACUUCAUUGAUCUGGCUUCUGGAACUGUCGCAAAGCCAUCAACGCAAGCUGCUGAAGAGGAGGCUCCUGCUCAAGCUGAGGCUGCAGAGCAGAAGCUGAAGUUUGAACAACAAGGUUUUGUAUCGUUUGAGCUUACAUGGGGUUCCAAAGGUAAGGACAUCGUGUCUUUUGAAAAGGGAAAUAUAAAAACAGCUGGGCACACUAGUGAACAGAUUACUUUAACGUGGAAAUCUGAGCCACAGACAGUGCUUAUUAUCACCAAACCAAAUUCAGAUACUGUUCCAGACCUAUGUGAGGAUAUAGUUAGUUGGUUGUACAUGCGCAAGAAGAAGAUUUAUGUGCAACCAAGCGUGCGCGGGGAACUUCUCGGUAUAUCAUCUUCCUUCAAGUUUGUGAAAACUUGGCAAGAUGAACGUGAGAUUCCGGACUUGCAUAAGAAAGUUGACCUUGUGAUCACUCUUGGUGGGGAUGGAACUGUCCUUUGGGCAGCAUCAUUGUUCCAAGGACCGGUGCCCCCUGUUGUCUCCUUCAAUUUAGGGUCCUUGGGCUUUAUGACCCCUUUCAGCAGGGAUGGCUACAAAAAACAGCUUGAGUCGAUUCUUAAAGGUCCCAUCAGGAUAACAUUACGGCGUCGAUUGCAGUGUCAAAUUGUCAGGGAUUUAGCUGCUGAAAAUGAAAAUGCGACGGCGAAAAAGAUAUUUGUUUUAAAUGAAGUCACGAUUGAUCGGGGGCAGUCACCCUACCUCACAAAUUUGAAGUGUUAUUGCGACGACAAGUAUGUCACUUCGGUACAAGGGGAUGGGCUAAUCUUGUCAACUACGUCUGGCAGCACUGCCUAUUCAUUAGCGGCUGGAGGAUCAAUGGUCCAUCCACAGGUUCCCGGCAUAGUAUUAACGCCAAUAUGUCCUCAUUCCUUAUCCUUUAGGCCUCUGAUAUUACCCGACCACGUCGUUAUUGGGGUAAAAGUUCCCAACCCCCGAACUCCCAGCCGCCAUAGUUCUGCCUCGGUAUCAUUCGACGGCAAGGGCAGGCAAGAGUUGACAGCCGGGAACAAGCUCAAAUGUAGCAUGGCUCCAUGGCCUGUCCCUACUAUUUGUUUGAAUGAUUCCACCAGGGACUUCUUGUGCAGCAUCCUGGAAGGCCUCCAUUGGAAUCAGAGAAAGACUCAGUCAUCUGACGGUCCGACUCAGUAAUCUUACG